UCAAACCUAGCAGCAGUAUUUCACAUCACGUUUCUCGGCGCGAGUUUAUGACGUCAUUACAUCCGAUGCCAAGGAACUGUGAUUGAAUUGUGCUACCAGGCUACAAAAUGCGUAGGAUGAAGUUGAAAGGAGCCUGGCUACUGCUGCUUCUUGCAGUCUCUGCGCUGUCGGUGCCCAUCGACCGCAACGACGUCCAACAGGAAGUCAAAGACGGAGUUCAAGAGGAGAACAUGGACACUGGUCUGUACUACGACCGAUAUCUCCGAGAGGUGAUCGAGGUGCUGGAGACGGACCCACAUUUCCGGGAGAAGCUCCAGACUGCCAACACGGAGGACAUCAAGAAUGGACGCUUGAGCAAAGAGCUGGACCUUGUCAGUCACAACGUUCGAACGCGUCUGGACGAGUUGAAGCGGCAGGAAGUUUCCCGCCUAAGGAUGCUGCUCAAGGCCAAGUUGGACAGCACCAACACGCAGAGUUUGCAGAUGGACCAUGCUACCCUGCUCAAGCAAUUUGAACAUCUGGACCCGCACAACCAGAAUGCCUUUGAAGCCAAAGAUCUGGAGCUGCUCAUUUCCACAGCAACUAAGGACUUGGAGAAUUACGAUGCGGAGCGCCACGAGGAGUUCAAGCGCUAUGAGAUGCUGAAGGAGCACGAGAGGCGUGAGUACCUGAAGGGUUUGGACCAAGAAAAGCGUGAGAAGGAGGAGCAGCGUAUGCAGGAACUCAAGGACAAACAUCGACAGCACCCCAAGGUCAAUGCGCCAGGUAGUGUGGCUCAGCUGCGAGAAGUCUGGGAGGAGACUGAUCGAUUGGAUCCCAAAGAGUUCAACCCAAAGACUUUCUUCAAACUGCACGACACCAACGAGGAUGGCGUCCUGGACGAGCAAGAGCUAGAGGCGCUUUUCACCAAAGAGCUAGAGAAAGUCUACGACCCAAAAAAUGAGGAGGACGACAUGAUGGAGAUGGAGGAGGAGAGACUGAGGAUGAGGGAACACGUCAUGAAAAACGUGGACACCAACAAAGAUCGACUGGUCAGCCUGGAUGAGUUUCUCAAGUCCACAGAGAAGAAGGAGUUCAACACCGCAAAGGAAUGGGAGACUUUGGACGCAAAGCCGGCGUACACAGAGGAGGAGCUUCAUCGCUUUGAAGCGGAGCUACGUGACAAAGAGGAGGAGCUGAAGAAGAGGGCAGACACGCUUCGUCAGGAGCAGGAGUUGCUGAAGGAGCGUGGAAAAGCCCUUGAGGCCCAGAGGAGGGAAUACCAGCAGGCUGUGCUGGAGAUGGCUCAGAGGCGGAGGGAGCAGCCUGCUGCCCAUGACGGAGAACUUCACCACCAGCAGCCCAAACAGGAAGAUCAAGCAGGAAAAGUUGCUGUGGAGGAAAAUGCCCCAGCGCCAAAUCAUCUGCCCGCCGAACCACCGCAGAAUCUUCCGGCGCACACUUGAACAAACGCACACAUCCACUCAUUUCACAUGCACUGAUAUACAAACGACUUGCACAGAUGACCUGACUUCCGUCCUCCAUGUGACGUUUCCAGCGUGACGCCGACUAGUUGCUUAUCGUGAUUGCCAUUAGCAGCUAUUUGACAUCAAGUGGUCUUAAGUAAUGUUACAAAGUGAAGAAUUGUCUAUGAAACUAUUUGAAGUUUUCUUUUGCUGUGUUGUUUAAUUACGGAUGGCUGUAAUUUUAAAUAAAUUCUUAAUUU